AUGAGUAUCAAAUUCGAAGAUAAGAUUGACUACUAUCCAUUUAAUGAUUUAAAGGUUGAAUUAUUGCGUGAUUUUUAUAAUGAUAUGAAUGAUUUGCAUGAAUUAUGUGAUGACAUGGUUAAUUUAUAUAAAAAAGAAGAAUGUUGUACUUUGGGAAGUGAAAGAUAUUCUACUCUUAUUGAGGAUGAAGUCUUUUUAAUAAAAGAUAUUGCUUCUGUGGCUUGUAAGAUAUUACAGCAACAUGGUACUGUUAUUAAAGCUUUUAGACAGUGCAGGGAAAAUAGAGAAAGUAAAAAACGCGAACAAACUAAGCCAAAAAAGAAUAAUUAA